AAGCCGCAAACGCCCCGCGCGGUCCCGCCUCUCCAGCCGCCGUACCGCAGCACUACACCGCUCCGCCCCUCAACUGCGGCAGGUGCCCGCCGCCGGGAAGCGUCGAGCCAUGACCUCCGCCACCGCCGCGGCGAAUGUCGCCGUCAUCGGUGCCGGAAUUUCGGGCGCCGUGUGCGCGUCGCUCCUCGCCGGGCGAGGCUUGGCCGUGACGCUCUUCGACUCCGGCCGAGGCGCCGGCGGGCGCAUGGCGCAGCGGAGGGAGGUUAUGGAGGAUGGCACGGAGCUUCGCUUCGACCACGGUGCGCCCUACUUCACCGUGACCAACGAUGAGGUUGCCAGGGUCGUAAGUGGGUGGGAGGCGCGAGGGAUCGUUGCUGAAUGGAAGGCCAUGUUCGCAUGCUUUGAUCGGGCUACCGGCAAAUUCACUGACUUCGAAAAGGAGGGAUCAACUAAGAAGUAUGUGGGAGUGCCAGGCAUGAACUCGAUAUGCAAAUCACUCUGUUCAGAGGAUGGUCUGGUGGCCAAAUUUGGUGUCACUGUUGGCAAGAUGGACUGGCUUCAAGAUAGGAGUUCAUGGUCACUAGCUAGCUUGGAUGGAAAAGAUCUUGGCAAUUUUGAUUAUGUUGUAGCCACAGAUAAGAAUGUGGCAUCACCAAGAUUUUCAGGGUUGACUGGAAGGCCACCGCCUCUUGACUUGUCGCUGUUUCCACAGUUGUCUGUAAUGGUUCAAGAUAUCCCAGUUCGUCCCUGUUUUGCUCUUAUGGUAGCAUUCUCAGAGCCUUUGGCUAUGGUACCCGUUCAUGGUUUCUCUUUCAACAAUUCUGAUUCUCUGAGUUGGGCCUUUUGUGAUAGUAGUAAGCCAGGGCGUGCUUGUGUACCUCCUAACAGACAAUCUUGGGUAUUGCACUCGACUGCUAAAUAUGCUUCCAAGGUAAUAAAUAAUAUUGGCCCACGGAAACCUUCAGCAGAUGCACUUGCUAAGGUGGCAGAGGAAUUGUUCAGGGAAUUCCAGGCUACAGGAUUGAGCAUUCCACAACCAAUAUUCAUGAAAGCUCACAGAUGGGGUAGUGCUUUCCCAGCCAUUUCUAUAGGUGGAGAUGAUAAAUGUGUUUGGUACAAAAGCACGAAAUUGGCAAUUUGUGGAGAUUUCUGUGCAUGUCCAAAUAUUGAAGGAGCGGUCCUUAGUGCCAUGAGAGGAGCUUCAAAAAUCAUGGGAUGUUUAAACUGUCCAUCAGGGUUGUGACUUGUGAGUUGUAUAUUUAAUCAACUACAACCCCCUGCCCCCUUCUCCAACUCUCUCUAUGUAAUUGUUAUACAAAUAAAGAAUAAAGCUCCACGAUGAGCCCUAUUGUUUUGUUGAAUGUUUUGUUACAAAAUAAGAAAUAAAGGUACAUGACUUUAUAUA